AUGGCAUCUAACGAAGUUUUAGUUUUAAGAGGUACUUUAGAAGGUCACAACGGUUGGGUUACUUCCUUAGCCACUUCUGCUGGUCAACCAAACUUAUUAGUUUCCGCUUCCAGAGAUAAGACUUUAAUCUCCUGGAAGUUAACUGGUGAUGACCAAAAGGUCGGUGUCCCAGUCAGAUCUUUCAAGGGUCACUCUCACAUCGUCCAAGAUGUCACUUUAACCCCAGAUGGUGCUUACGCUUUAUCUGCUUCUUGGGAUAAGACUUUAAGAUUGUGGGAAGUCGCCACUGGUGAAACUUUCCAAAGAUUCGUUGGUCACAAGUCUGAUGUUAUGUCUGUCGCCAUUGACAGAAAGGCUUCUAUGAUCAUCUCUGGUUCCCGUGACAAGUCCAUCAAGGUCUGGACUAUCAAGGGUCAAUGUUUAGCCACUUUAUUAGGUCACAACGACUGGGUUUCCCAAGUCAGAGUUGCUCCAAAUGACAAGGACGAUGACGAAACCGUCACUGUUAUCUCUGCUGGUAACGACAAGAUGGUUAAGGCCUGGAACUUAAACCAAUUCCAAAUCGAAGCUGAUUUCGUUGGUCACAACGGUAACGUUAACACCAUCACUGCUUCCCCAGAUGGUUCUUUAAUUGCUUCCGCUGGUAAGGACGGUGAAAUCAUGUUAUGGAACUUAGCUGACAAGGUCCCAAUGUACACCUUAAACGCCCAAGACGAAGUUUUCGCUUUAGCUUUCUCUCCAAACAGAUACUGGUUAGCUGCUGCCACUGCUUCUGGUAUCAAGGUCUUCUCCUUAGACCCACAAGCCUUAAUUGAUGACUUAAGACCAGAAUUUGCUGGUUACAACAAGGCUGCUGAACCACACGCUGUUUCCUUAACCUGGUCUGCUGAUGGUCAAACUUUAUUCGCCGGUUACACCGAUAACGUUAUUAGAGUUUGGCAAGUCAUGACCGCCAACUAA